AUGGUGGCGACGGCGGUGGAAUGGCGGCGACGGAGGGAGAUCACGUGGGUGGAGGUGGCUGGAAGGUGGAUUGGCAGCGGGAAGGCGAGAUGGGGGCGAGGGAGGGGAUGA